CUGCUAAUCCAUUUGGGAGUAUGAACCACUACUAACUCCUUAUCUCCUUUGUUGAGUGAUCAUCUAGAAGAUUGCAUCAAGAAGAACAUAGAUCGAAUUCCUAGUGAAAGUGCAUAGAGAUCAUGGUGGCCAAGGAGUUUGGGAGAGAAGUAAUGAGCAUGGACAAGGUGAAGACGGACGGAGAAGCGCUUAUCGCCGCCGGAGAUGAGGAGGAAGACGACGUGGUGCUCCCGGGGUUCCGGUUCCACCCGACCGACGAGGAGCUCGUCACGUUCUACCUCCGCCGGAAGGUGGCGAGGAAGCCACUGAGCAUAGAGAUCAUCAAGGAGAUGGACAUCUACAAGCAUGAUCCAUGGGACCUCCCUAAGGCGAGCACGGCUGGUGGAGAGAAGGAAUGGUACUUCUUCUGCCUGAGAGGGAGGAAGUACCGAAACAGCAUCAGGCCCAAUAGGGUCACCGGCUCCGGGUUCUGGAAGGCGACCGGCAUCGACCGCCCCAUCUACUCCGCCGCCAACUCCGGCGAGUCCAUCGGCCUCAAGAAGUCCCUCGUGUACUACCGCGGCAGCGCCGGCAAGGGCACCAAGACCGACUGGAUGAUGCACGAGUUCCGCCUCCCGCCGGCUGCCACCGCCGCCAAUGCCUCCCCGAGCAUGCAAGAAGCUGAGGUGUGGACCAUCUGCAGGAUCUUCAAGAGAAACAUCACCUACAGGAGGCAGCAGCCGCAGCAGGUGUGGAGGCAGCCGGCGGCCGCCAGCAACGCCCUGCCACCGACCGACUCGAGCUCGAACACGGGGAGCGGCUUCGAAUCCGACGGCGGAGACGAGUACAUGAACUGCCUGCCGGCCUCCGCUCCGAGCGCGCCCCGGCAGCUUCACUUCAGCAAUCAGAUCAACAUGCUCAACGGCGGCGGCGGCUUCUUCAGGGAGAGCGGCGUGCACAACCAGCAGUUUCAGGGACAAUGGUUCAACUCCAUACCUGCGCCAGCAGCAGUAGAGCAGAAGCCGCAGCUGAACUCGCCGGCGAUGACCAUCGCGUUCCAUCAGAACGAUCAGAGCCUCGCCGCGAACGAUUUCUGCAAAGACGGGUACUGGGACGAGAUUGCAAGGUUCAUGGAGGUCAAUGAUCCAACAGUAUUUUACGACUGUAGAUAUGCUUGAUCAGGAACCUAGCUUCGUCUUCAGAGUUCAGACUCCAAAGUAGAGACUAGAUACAGUGGUGUUCGCCGACCAGGAACCCAGUGUGUAAGACUGACAUGCAGGGCCCACUCCACAGAGGCCGCUAGUCAGUUAGAUUUUGCCUGCGAUCUGCUCCCAACCACACCUAUGUUUUUUUAAUGAUCUGAUAGAUACAUUAUGUGUUGUGACCAAUGUAAGAUUUAUGUGCGCACUGGCUAGGUAUGGUAGAUAUGAGUAACAAAAUAAACAUAUGUUUGAGCCAGGAA